CGGUGUCUGGUGGCUCUGCUGUGGCUGCCUUUGUUGUCUGAGUCCCGUAACAGCGUGCUCAGAAAACCAAAAACAGCGCUGUGUUGUUUUUCUUUUCAAUCCACACCAUUACAGAAUCAUGUCAGUGGGUAUCGAGUCCGGGUUUUCCAACGACGAGGUGCUGAACGCUCGCUUUCCACUUCACCGCGCCUGCAGGGACGGCGAUGUCGGCGCGCUGUGCUCGCUGCUUCAGUGCUCGACCAACCGAGCUGACCUGGUGGCGGAAGACUCGUUUUUCGGCUGGACACCCAUUCACUGGGCGGCACACUUUGGAAAGCUGGAGUGUGUGUUGCAGCUGGUGCAGGUGGGCUGCGGGGUGAACGCUGUGACGACGCGCUUUGCGCAGACUCCAGCACACAUCGCUGCGUUCGGAGGCCACCCCGAGUGCCUUGUCUGGCUCUUGCAGUCGGGGGCAGAUAUCAACAGACAGGACUAUGCGGGUGAAACCCCCAUCCAUAAGGCUGCAAGGGCAGGUAGCAUGGAGUGCAUCAAUGCCUUGUUGAUCUCAGGUGCUAAACCGGAAUUAAGGAACGCGAAUGGGCUGACUGCGGCCGAUCUGGCCCGUGCACAGGGAUUCCAGGAGUGUGCUCACCUCCUCUCAAAUGCAGAGAAUCAGCUGAAACAGCUAAAUGGGUUUGGCCAUAAUGGAACUGACCUCGCCCACGUUCAAGGACAGAGCCUCCUUAACAGGGUAGCCAACAGGAAGAGGCAUUAUGACUGUUCUGAGAUGAAUCACAUUAAGAAAACAAGAACUGACAACAUGGAUUUUGCUGCAAAAAUGCUCAAUGGAAUGGGGGAGGAGCUUGAGUGUAUGCAUGUGGAAUCUGCCACAGACAACCAAUCAGAUGGCACCAUAGAAACAGCCGUAGGUUUGACAAACGGUCACGUACACCAGGGAAGUUUCGCUGAGGACACCAUCGCCACAAACGGGCACUGCCACAUUCCAGAGUCACCCACGGCCGAGCCCCGCAGCGACAUGUGUGGCUCACUGCAUCUCGGCGGGAGUCCCAGCAGCUGUGCCACUCACAGGCCCUCCUGGGGUGCGUUCGCCUCAGACUCCGGCGAACACCUGCGCUACGGAUAUUAUCACGGCUUUGGGGACACGGCCGAAGACCUGGAAGAUGCGAGUAGCUACCACGAGCACAACACAACCGUGGGGGUUGAGCAGCACUAUGACCAGGAGGUCAUGAGUGCCAUGCAGCUGUUUCAUGGCUCUUGAAGCUGUGCUCACAUGUCAACAGCCUGUUUGCGUAGAGGUGGUCGUGUUUUGUAUUAGCCACCAGCCGCCUUAAAAUGAACAGUUUACCUUGAGUCCGCUAUCGCACCUUAACACCAGCCAGUUUUAAAAAAAAGAAACAAAAAAAGAAAGUUCCUCAAAUUGAAUUAUGGUGGAAACCUUUGUACCAAAGGGGGAAAAAUAUUUGGUUUUGUAUCUGACUUUUCUGAAUUCUUUAUGGUAUGUUUAUAUGAUAGCAUAGCUGAUGAAACGUGACUGUGGUUGAUUUGUUUUUAGGUAUGGCAUGUUCUUUGUUUAUCUUUUCUCCCCAGAAGAGUACAAAGACUUAACUGAACUGUCUACGUUUGUAUGAUUCGAUUAUUUGUGGGUUGUUGCAUUGACUGUUGGACAUUUGAUUGUAGGCUUUGUGCCAGUAUUUCUUUCCACAAAGUUUGGCACUGAUGUUAAAGGAAAUUUUCAUAUGCUUUUGGUUCACUUGUUACUUUUCACAUCUUUCUUGGGAAAAUGUGUUGAAUGGGUUAUGUAAAGUUGAUUCUGACUGUAAACAAUUAUUUGUUUUUGAGAACGUUGACUGAUUUGACAUUCCUUUGAUGACUUUUUGUGUUGUAAUAUAAUAAAUGAGACAAUUCAUUCCUGUCA